AUGAAACCAACAUUAAUUGUCUCGCUACUAGUAAUACCACUCAAUUCCUUGUUUAUUUAUGCUCUUUCUGACCAAUCGCAAUCGUGCAUCACAGAUUUGCAAAUACCCUUCACUGGCUACAAAGUGGAGUAUCAACUUCAUUUAAGAGAAUUGUCUGGUAGCUACCACUUACUAUACUGCAACGAUAAUAAACUUAUCAAUGACAUUUGGUUAAACGACAGUAUACCUUGGGCAAAACCUAUACCUUUCUAUACAAAAGACGCGAUUGGAAAUAGCUUGAUUUUGGCGCGGCAAAGGGCUUUUGCAUUGAGAACUGUUCCUAUAUUUUUGCCAAAUACAUUGGUUGGAGCAAUGUACUAUGUAGAUGCUGCAAAGACUAAGCAAAAGAGUGCGUUAUCAAAAGAGUCAAUUUUAUUGUCACUGUCAAAUAACGGGUUCAAGACCAUGCCACUAUUAGCAGCGAAUAUUUUGCAUAAUUGGUGUGAAGUAAAUUAUCGUUUUCAGUUCAUUUAUCAUAUUCCCAUCUUGACUACCCCUACCCUUGAUUCAAGGAGAUAUAAUCAUCGUGCUUUGGACGGAGAUGAAAGGAGCGAUUGGAAUAAAUAUAUCUCGAUACUGGAGAGUUAUGGUUUAAGUAAAGAUCCUCUAGUGUCUGUUAAGUGCGAUUUUGACUUGGUGGAGAAUACUAUGAAUUCAAUAACUGCUGGUUGCAAAAGCUUUAUCGAUAAAUUUAGAUACAAAGAAGUUGUUAGGCGGGAUACAAGUCAGCUAUGGUGGAAGUUUAUUUUAAUUUCAAAGACAAUAGGGUUGAAGAUGUCCAAAAAGAUGAUUGUAAAGAUUGAAAAGUUAUUGAGACAAGCCGAAAAUGUAGAGUCCAGUGCCGCAUACUAA